GUGUGUGUCUGCCAAUGGAAGCGCUCGGUCCGCCUGCUCUGUUUGUGUUCAUCGAUUACCGCCGGUGCAAACGGGCGGACGGAGAGAGGGUUUACUUUGCGUCGGGUGUGCAAUGUACCGAUCCACCCUUAACUAUAUACCUCGGGUUUAUUUAUAGGGUGGUGCGGGACCGUUAGGCUCCGGUGUGCUCAGCUGAGCAUCCUUUACGGAUGUGAUGUGAUGUGAAUAAUGCAGGAUAUAGGAAUGGAUGUAUACGGGCCACACCUGUGCGCCAGAUGCGGACGGACAGGUGCGCUACCUGUGGACCUCUUGGAGAACACCGGGCACAGAUGCGCAGCUUUGGGCAUCCUAGCAGCCCAGUGAUGGCGUUGUGACAAUUGGAUUUAACAAAGACCCUGUGGAGCAUCGGCAUAUGCGGUUCGCCACUUUAAUAUCGAGGCUUGGAUUUAAAGCAUGGAUUCAGUUCGGACUGGCCUUACAUUGACUGGACCGGGCCUGAUGCGUUUUAUCCGUGCGCGUUUGCCCUAGAGAAGAGUGCGUGCGGGUGUGUUUUCGAGACAAAGACUCUGCGCGUACCGAGUACAUGUGACGCGCACCGGUGAAAGAAACGCGCUAUGGAUGCGGUUCGGCUGGACGCGCUCAACGCACCGGCGGAGAACGGCAGUGUGUCGCAGCCCGAACCGCACACGCGCCUCUCGCAGGUGGACUCGGUGGUUCUGCCGUUCCUCGGGGGGUUCGGCCGGUAUCAGCGGCGACUGGUGGCUCUGACGUGGAUCCCGGCGGUUCUCAUCUCGUUCAGCCAGUUCUCGGAUUACUUUCUGCUCGGGCAGCCGGAAAGGAAGUGCGUCCGUCCGGAUCAGGGCAGCGCGGGGAACGGGACUGGCUCGGAUCGUGAUCUGCUCGUGGAUUUGCUCGGUAACGGGACCGAAACCGAGAACUACCACGUAGCGGCGUGUUUGUGCUCCGAGUGGAGGUUUGAGCUGCAGUCGGGACUGCAGCAGAAUGUGGUCACCAAGUGGACGCUGGUGUGUGAUGGAGAAUGGAAGGUGCACAUCGCCAAGUUCUCUCUACAGGUCGGGUCCAUAUUUGGCUAUCUGCUGAUGGGCGCAAUGGCAGACUGGUUGGGUCGUAUCCCAGUGCUGCUGGUGUCGGUGCUGUCCGUGCUGGUGUUUGGGUUGGCCGUGGCGUUUUCUGUGGACAUGGCGGUGUUCAGCACGCUGCGAUUCUUCGAGGGCUUUUGCCUGGCCGCGAUCAGACUGUCACUUUACGUCCUGAGGAUUGAGUUGUGUCUGCCUAACUGGCGUUUCUCCAUGACGAUGAUCGCCAGUCUGAUUAUCGUGGGCGGGCAGCUGCUGAUGCCCGGUUUGGCGGCGCUGUGCCGUGAUUGGCAGAUUCUUCAGAUCUUAAUCAUCGCCCCCUUUGUGCUGAUGCUGCCGUAUGUCUGGAUGUUUCCUGAGUCUGUCCGCUGGCUGUUAGCCACUCGACACUACCGAAGAGCAAAGCCACAAAUGUAUCGAAUCGCCCUGAGCAACCGUGUUGACACGGUAACCGACCCGAGCAGCAUCCUCUCCGAGCUCGAGACGGAACUCCAGCAGAAGCCAAAGACGUUUUGUGUAACGCAGCUCAGGGGCACCCGAAACCUGUGGAAGAACACAGUUGUGCUGUGCGUGAACUCGUUGACUGGCUAUGGCAUCCAUCACUGUUUUGCUCGCAGCGUUUUGGAGGGCAGCGCGACUCAUCUGCACUAUUAUGCGUUAGCGGCGAUUGCGAUGGCGUCCUGUGUGGUACUGUUUCCUGUGGUGGGCGGGUUUGGCAGGAGGGGUGGACUUCUCACCUUCAUGAUCGUCACAGCGCUGGCAUCACUGCUUCAGCUCGGACUGCUCAGCUUAAUCGGAAAGUACAGUCUCCGGCAUAAUGAAGUUUUGAGAGACACUUUGAAUCGGCGGUUCUCGUAUGCAUUCUCAAUCAUCGGGAUGUUCUCGUCUCAUGCCGUCAGCACGCUCAGCAUCUUUUACUGUGCAGAGAUAACGCCAACUGUCAUCAGGGGCGGCGGCGUCGGUCUAGUCUUGGCGAGUGCAGGUUUCGGCAUGUUAACUGCACCCCUCAUGGAGCUCCACAAUCAGAAAGGAUUCUUUCUUCAUCAUGUGAUCCUCACCUGCUGCACGCUGCUCUGCAUCAUUUGCAUACCGUUGCUCCCGGAGACCGCCGGCCAACCGCUGCCUGAGACGAUCGCUGAAGGGGAGGGGCUACUGCGUCGGCCUAUCCUCCCUGGAGAGCAGCACCUCCUAUUGGCUAGGACAGACGUCAGAGAGUUCUCGCGCAUACAGGACACACCCCUUCACCAGGCCGUCAACCCCGGCAAUGGCUCGGUGCCUAGCAACAGCACAGCUAAUGGCUUGAGGACUUCAUGACGUUAUGCGACCUAAAGCCAGCAGAGGCCAAACGAUGAACAAUUACAGCGACCUGAUUGAUCGUAAACAACAACAACAACAAAGAUAAAUAUAUCGUGAUCACAAACAGAUCAGAAUGUUUUCCAGAUAAAGUGUCAAACACCUCAUUAACCAGCAUCGUUAAAGAUUGCCAUUGUAGAAAGUGAAAUAUUAUUUUAACUUUCAUCUCGAGAAAAUAAUUCUAUUUUUUGAACAACCACUAGCUAAUUUAAGGUUGAGGUAUGUUUUGUAUUUUUGAAAUAAUUAUGUGUAUUUAUUAAGGGCAGAACGACGCUGACAGUAGAGAAAAAUUGGGUUUCAUUCACUGAACUACUAAGCACACUAACUUCUGUGUAAAUUCUUUGUAUGGUUUACAAAAAAAUAAUGCGUCAAUUUAUGUCCGAAUAGUUUUACGAGCCAAAUGGAACACUUAAUUGAACGCUACAAUUUACGUCACAAUGAUUUUACAAAUUAAAUGGAAAACAAUAAUUUACAUUGCAAUAGUUUUACGAACCAAACAGAACACUGAAUCAACGCGACAAUUUACGUCACAAUGGUUUUACAAAACAAAUGAAACGACAAUUUACGUUUGAAUG